AUGAACGAUAUCGAAUAUUUAUCAGAAACUGAAAGAAAGCUUCUGAAUAAAUGUCCUUAUACUCUAACUCUCACAAUUGAAGAAUUAACAAAGCCUGCCAAAAAAAUUCGCAAUAAUUGUGAUAAACCACCACGACCGCAAAACAGUUGGAUUAUCUUUCGAAAAGAUUUUGAAGCUAAUAUACGUCUACGUAGUCCUGGUGUUAAGCAAAAAGUCAAAAACACAGCAAAUGAAUGCAGCUUAAAGUGGAAAUUGCAAUCAAGUGAAGUCAAGGAUUUUUUCAAAAUAUUGGAGAAAAUGGCUUGUGAGAAUCAUAAGCGUAUAUAUCCUAAUUAUAAAUAUAAACCAAAAAAUGCAAAAAAUUCAAACUGUAAAGAACUUCGUUUUCGAGAACAGAAAAAAUAUGCAUUUACUUCGUCAGUUAAGUUCAACACAACAAAAUUUAAUUCACCUCAGGAAGCGAUGCAAAUCGACGGGACGUCGUCAUCUUUAGCUUCCAACUCACCUCAAGAAGCAAUACAAAUCGACGGGCCGUCAUUUUUAACUUUCAAUUCACCUCAGGAAGCAAUACAAAUCGACGAGACGUCGUUUUUAACUUUCAAUUCACCUCAAGAGGUAACACAAAUCGAUGGGUCGUCAUCAAUUUUGACAACCACUUAUGAUCAUCAAGCCGAUACAACAAUUACAUAUAAUCAAGACUAUAACUAUAAUGAAAAUUUGAUCGGCGACGCCGAAUUAAUUUCUUCCGAGCAAAAUAAAAUUUAUGAAACCCAAAGUAGUGAAAGUAGUAUAAUUAAUAUCAAUAAUGAUAAUACUUCUUCAACGGUGACACCACAGAUACCCUUAUCGCAGCCACUUUCACAACUAUAUAUGACAGAAUAUGAUUUAUCAAAUGGCAUUUUUGACAACUUGCUAUAUGAUGACUUCUCUUAA